ACAAAAGGGAGAAAUCCAUGGCAUAUAGGACCUAGACAACUAAUCAAAAAGAGGAAAAAAUCAACAUUAAAAAGGUGAUAGCUGAAAACCCUUUUCUCUACGAGCAGUUGAAGAUUUUGAAUAUAAUCACCUCUCGCCCAUUUCCAUUUCCACCUCUUCCUACCUAAUAUAUCUCACCAAGUUUCCAAGCUCCCUCACGUAUAUAUUUCUAUAGAGCACAACAACUAUGAUAUUCUAGAUUGGUUACCCUAAAGAACCAUUUCAAGUUCGAGUUAUUCCAUUUUUUUUUUUAAUUUCCCUUCAUCGAUCAACGAUGACCCUUAUGAAAACAAUAUGGAAAUCGAUCUUCCCCGGUUGUUACAAGGGUGAGUACCCCUCUCCAAAGCCGAAGAAAGUGGUGGCUACGAAGCCAAAUUCUUCUCACAGGAUUUCUGUGACGGAUUUGAGUUAUCCAAGCAUGACUCUUUCGGAGGAUCUUUCAAUUUCUCUGGCGGGAACUAACUUGCAUGUUUUUUCGCUUGCGGAGCUUAAGAUUAUAACACAGCAAUUUUCUUCUAGCAACUUUCUUGGUGAAGGAGGGUUCGGACCAGUGCAUAAAGGGUUCAUUGAUGACAAGCUUAGGCAUGGUCUUAAGGCUCAACCCGUGGCUGUUAAGCUCUUGGACUUGGAUGGCUCACAGGGGCAUAAAGAGUGGUUGACUGAAGUUGUUUUUCUUGGGCAACUAAGGCAUCCACAUCUCGUGAAACUCAUAGGAUACUGCUGUGAAGAAGAGCACAGGCUUUUGGUAUAUGAAUAUUUACCAAGAGGCAGCUUGGAGAAUCAAUUAUUUAGAAGAUUCUCGGCAUCACUACCAUGGUCAACGAGAAUGAAAAUUGCUGUUGGAGCUGCCAAGGGUCUAGCCUUUCUUCAUGAAGCCGAGAAGCCAGUUAUUUAUAGAGAUUUCAAAGCUUCUAACAUAUUGUUAGACUCUGAUUACAAUGCAAAACUCUCUGAUUUUGGGUUGGCAAAAGACGGUCCCGAAGGAGAUGAUACCCACGUUUCGACCCGAGUUAUGGGCACACACGGCUACGCAGCCCCAGAAUAUGUCAUGACAGGUCACUUGACAGCAAUGAGUGAUGUGUAUAGUUUUGGAGUAGUGCUAUUGGAGCUGCUAACAGGGAGAAGGUCAGUGGACAAGAAUCGUCCUCCAAGGGAACAGAACCUAGUGGAGUGGGCAAGGCCAAUGUUAAAUGACCCUAGGAAACUCAAGAGAAUAAUGGAUCCUAGACUUGAAGGCCAAUAUUCUGAAAUGGGGACAAAAAAAGCAGCAGCAUUGGCUUACCAAUGUCUCAGCCACAGGCCAAGAAGUAGACCCUCAAUGAGCACAGUGGUUAAGACCCUUGAGCCACUCCAGGAUUUUGAUGAUAUUCCAAUUGGAACAUUUGUUUACACUGCUCCACCGGAUAAUAGUAAUGAAGUGCCAAGGGAAUUUGAUACACCUAGGAAGAGGGAAAAUAAUAAUGGUCACGUUCAAAGGAACCACCAUCAUAGGCUUCAUCCACUUAGAUCACCUAAGUACUCUCCAAAGCCAAUGUCACCUUCAAUGAAUGACCACAAACAACGAAAUGGGAGAGGAAGUGGACCAAACUCUCCUCCAUCACAUGUGAAAAGGCCAGGAAUUAUUGCCUAAGAAGGACACAUAAAUUGCAUACUGUAUAUAAUUAAAUGCAUAUAGAUAUUUUCCUUCCAAAGUUUCUUAUAGUUUUUGUGUAGUGUACCAACUAGCUAGUAGGCCCCGUGUAAUGAGCCAUAUAUCAUGCCAAGAAAAUACAGACAAAGACAAGAAAGGGAAAAGAGGAGAGUGAGUGUGCAAGUAUAUAAUGUUCCACAAAUGGAAAACAUGAUUGCUUAAUUUAUUUUUUGUUUUGUAAUUUAAUUUCUUCCAUUAAUGGGAUUAGGAUUUUGUUUUUGGUA